AUGACUAUCAGCGCCCAUUUGCUUGGCCACUCAAACAGUCAUUCUGUCAAGCUAGCAUCCGCUGUGCGGAUCGCCCAAAGCCUAGGAAUGCACCGACUAGGCUCCGAACCCGAUGAUAAUGCAUCAAAUAGAGCCCGAAGGGACAUUGGCCGGCGGCUCUGGGCAGAGCUCUGUAUCCAAGAUUGGUUCUCAAUCCCCUUCUCGGAAAGCUAUCUCAUUCAUCGAAGAGACUUUAACACCAGCAAGCCCGUGAACUGCAUGGAUGACAGCAAUGCGAGCCCAGUUCCUGACAAUGAGCCUGCCCCAGUUACUUACCAUCGUUUCCUUUAUGACAUCGCAACUCUCAUGCCCCAGCUUCAAGACGAUAUAUCUGCAUGUCACACACUCUAUGCUAAAUAUGAACAUGUCAUUCGAUACGACAAGCGAAUGCGCUCCCUUGUCAGCAAAGAUGUCCCCUCAUGUCUUCGUAACACGACCCUUGACCCUUCCUGGCCUAAAUACAUACCCUGGGCACGUCAUUGUUUGACAAUCAGCUCUGCCCACAAAAUCAUCAUGAUUCAUCGCAAGUUCCUUUGGUCUAGUUUUACUAAUUCGGCCUUUUAA